AAGAACCUGGAGCAGACGGUGAAGGACCUUCAGCACCGUCUGGAUGAGGCUGAGCAGCUGGCCCUGAAGGGCGGGAAGAAGCAGAUCCAGAAACUGGAGGCCAGGGUGCGUGAGCUGGAAGGAGAGGUUGAGAGUGAACAAAAGCGCAGCGCUGAUGCCGUGAAAGGUCUGCGCAAACACGAGAGGAGAGUGAAGGAACUCACUUACCAGACGGAAGAAGAUCGGAAAAAUAUUCUCAGGCUUCAGGAUUUGGUAGACAAACUUCAGGCCAAAGUGAAAUCUUACAAGAGACAAGCUGAAGAGGCUGAGGAACAAUCCAACACAAAUCUAUCUAAAUUCCGCAAGCUCCAGCACGAGCUGGAGGAGGCUGAGGAACGCGCUGAUAUUGCUGAGUCCCAGGUCAACAAGCUGCGGGUAAAGAGCCGGGAGGUCCACACGAAAAUCAUAAGUGAAGAGUGAUCAUGUCCUGAUGCUACGGAACGACUGAAGAGAGGCACAAAAUGUGAAGUCUUUGGUCAUUUCCUUCUGUAAUUAUUGUCUAUUCUACCCUACUGCAAAGGAAAUAAAGAGCAUAGGGUACUUUGCAAACAGCA